UGUAUAAGCUUGGUGGGAUUGUUUGCAAAACGCCUGUGUGCAUUACUCUAAAUAGUAGUAUUUGUGUGUGGCAUCGAAGUUGCAACCUCAAUUUGUUCUGGUUUUAUUCAUAGUCUUGUUCCGGCUAUUUUUGAGAUGGCUCUGAUCCGGUCAGCACUGCGCCUGAGCCGCGCCCCGGCGCUGCUGGCUCAGGCCAGCCGGGGCAUGGCCGAGAUGCCGCUCACAUUCGCGGCUCCUAGCCAGGUCUUCUACAACAAACAGGACGUCCGCCAGGUGGAUGUGCCCUCGUUUAGCGGCAACUUCGGCAUCCUGCCGAACCAUGUGCCGGUGCUGGCCGUGCUGCAGCCGGGGGUCGUGUCGGUGGUCGAAGCCGACGGCGCCACCAACAAGUUCUUCGUCAGCAGUGGCUCCAUCACCGUCAACCAGGACUCUUCCGUACAGGUGCUGGCCGAGGAGGCGGUGCCGCUGUCGGAGCUGGACUCGGCCGCCUGCAGGCAGGCGCUAUCGCAGGCGCAGGCGCAGCUGGCCAGCGCCAGCGGCGACCAGGCGCGUGUCGAGGCGCAGAUCGCCGUGGAGGUGGGCGAGGCGCUGGUCAAGGCGUGCGAGUGAGCCGCGCCGCCCGCCGGUGGUGGGCUGUGAGGGACGCUGUUGCCGCGUGAGAGUGGAAGGAAGAUCGCUACGUGAAGUGGAGGGCCAAUAUAAUGUGUGGUAGUAGA